UUUCAGCUUGGCUGCCACACCAUAUAAGUGCACAAAACAAGUAGAGUUUAAUUUGUCUGUUUUUAAUUAUAGGGUACUGAUGAAAUGAGUCACUUUUACGGCCACAAACACAUGGGAUUAUUGUGCUGCAACACCAGAAGUGUGCGAUUGGCAAAUCACGUGUGACACCCUCAGCUGAACCUUGAAGAUCAGCUUGGCGACGGGAGUUUAGGCUGCAAAGGAAGGAACAAACUGCAGAACAAUUGACUUUCAUUAUGCUUGCCUGAAAAUCACAUGUCUCGAGCCGCCCUGCAUAAGUAGUGCCUAACCACAAAGGAGCACAUUUCACUCACUCACUUGAAAAGGGUCUUUUGGCAUACAGAUGAUUACAGCUGAGGAGGACUGCUGAAUAUCGUGGAAGGCUUGAAUCAUGGAGGUUGUGGCAAAGCUGAUAUCUUGUACAGUAACUGAGCAUCAGAGGAUGAAAAGGAGGUGAAACUGAAUAUUGCAUUCCAGGGUUGCAGGGGCCAGAGCCUAUCCCAGCAAAAUAAGGUGCAAGGCAGGAAACUGAUUUGAACAGAAAGUCAUCAUGUAUCUCUGAAUCUGUAAGAUGUUCUAUAGCUGGUUAAUUCUGGAGGCUCAUACAAGGAUGUACUUCUAUAAACAAACUGACUCCUAACCUUCAGCCAAACCGGCACAGAUUCAACAGGACAAAAUUUGCACAGACCCCUCAAGUGAAAGAAAUAAUGCCACUGGGACAGUUAGCCAAAGGAGCCAGUUUAGAAGAGCUUAUUGAAAGUUGCAUUCAGUCAUUUGAUGCCGAAGGAAGGCUGUGUCACAGUAAUCAGAUUUUAGAAGUAACCCUGACCAUGCAUAGACUCAUCAUGACAUCAUCUGACCUGCUAGAGCGGCUCAUCAUGCUUUAUAAAAAUGCUUUAGAUAAGAACAGCCUAAUAGACUGUUUGAAAAUCUGUUACCUUGUCAGAUACUGGAUUACCGAGUUGUGGGUAAUGUUUCGAGUAGAUACUAGGCUAACAGACACCAUGGAACAGUUUCAGGAAAUGGUUCGAGAAUACGGACACGAGGAACACUGCCGCUUGAUAGACACUUCACAGAUAAAUGCAAGAGAAUGGUCCAGGAAGAUUACCCAAAGAAUAAAACCAAACAGCAGUAAGAAAAGGAAAGUGUCCUUGCUGUUUGACCACCUAGAACCUGAAGAGCUAGCAGAACACUUGACGUACCUCGAGUUCAAGUCCUUCCGCAGGAUAUCGUUUGCAGACUACCAGAAUUAUGUAGUGAAUGGCUGUGUGAAGGAUAAUCCUACGAUGGAGCGCUCUAUCGCACUUUGCAAUGGCAUCUCCCAGUGGGUGCAGCUGAUGGUGCUGAGCAGACCAACCCCACAACUUCGAGCUGAAGUGUUCACAAAGUUCAUCCAUGUAGCCCAGAAACUUCAUCAUAUCCAGAAUUUCAAUACUCUAAUGGCAGUCGUUGGAGGCUUAUGCCACAGUUCUAUCUCAAGACUCAAAGAGACAACGUCGUAUGUGCACAGUGACGUUCAUAAGGUUCUUAAUGAAAUGACAGAGCUGCUCUCCUCUUUUCGCAACUAUGACAGUUACAGAAAAGUGUUCAAUGAAUGCACGGACUUUAAGAUCCCAAUCCUGGGAGUUCAUCUGAAAGACCUUAUUUCAGUUUAUGAGGCCAUGCCUGACUAUCUUGAAGAGAAAAAGAUUAAUGUGCAUAAGCUGCAGACACUUUAUACGCAUAUAAAUGAGCUGAUACAACUUCAGCAGAUUGCACCUCGUCUGGAUGCUAACAAGGACUUGGUUCAUCUGCUUACGCUCUCCCUUGACAUUUUCUACACUGAAGACGAGAUCUACGAGUUGUCUUACGCACGUGAGGCCAAGAACAGCAAGGCGCCGCCAAUGACGCCGUCCAGACCUCCAGUAGUUGCUGAGUGGGCUUCUGGUGUUGCCCCUAAACCAGAUCCGAAGACUAUUAGUAAACAUGUUCAACGAAUGGUGGAUUCUGUCUUCAAAAAUUAUGACCAUGACCAGAAUGGCUACAUUUCUCAUGAGGAUUUUGAAAAGAUUGCUGCUAGUUUCCCCUUCUCCUUCUGUGUGAUGGAUAAACAAAAGGAAGGCCUGGUCAGCAGAGAAGAGAUUACGGCGUAUUUCAUGAGGGCCAGCGUGAUUUGUUCCAAACUUGGUCUGGGGUUUAUUCACAACUUCCAGGAGACCACGUACAUGAAGCCAACGUUCUGUGACAAUUGUGCAGGAUUUCUCUGGGGUGUCAUUAAGCAAGGAUACAGAUGUCGAGACUGUGGGAUGAAUUGUCACAAACAAUGCAAAGACUUGGUAGCUUUUGAGUGCAAGAAGAAUACAAAGAAUAAUCCCACCGAGAACAGCCCAACGUUGAGCUCACAUCACCCUGUGCUGUGCCCACCAGAGUUCAGAACGUACGACCACGGUAGUGAAGAGGGGUCCUUUUCAUACCUUAACGGUGAAGAUCCUGAGCAUUCGGACAAAAACAGAGACUGGGAUGAAACGACUUCUUACAUUAAGAGGUCUUGUGCAGUGUCAGUCCACAAAAGCACCCAGACAGAAGGUGUGCCGCCAUCCGAAGCAGCACUUUUACAACCAAAUAUGCUUUCCCCUUGUCAUUCGCCACUCACACCCUGUCCAAGUCCCAUUCCCGUUCGUAAAAGAGCCUAUGCAAAGUGGGAAAACAGAGCCUCCACUGUGCAGAAGCAGAAGGAAGACGACGACGACCCGCAUAAGCCAACGUACCAGCAGCUGGAAAUGGACAAGUGCACCCUCCAAAAGUCAAACGAGACUUUGAGGCGGAAAUUAAAGGAAGCAGAACGAGAAAUUGAGAUUCUUAAAACUCUGCUGAGAAGACACACUCUUCACCCUCUUGAUCCGGACGACUCCUCCUGAGACCAGCGUGAAUGAUGAACAAGAAGGGCAGAGGAGUCGUGCGAAGGAAUGAAGGAUGUUCUGCCUUUUCCUGUCAGAGAACUGAGCACUAAAGCCCAUCAAGCGUCCUGUCUGUGGUGUGCAGGGUACACCGUGUUUGACCACCACAUGGCCUGUGUACUUACAAAGCAUUGAGUUAACUUGGAGCUGCACAGACCUUCAUUUUAUUAAAAGUGUGCUUUAUCUUGUCAAUGAGAUCCCUAUGUCGGUGGCUUUUCCUGUCAUUGAGAAUUUUCAUAUUUCAGCUAGGAUUGAGAGUCUACUUAUAUUAAUGGCACAGAAAACGAAAGAUCAACUUCGCUCUUAGAAGAACUUAAAAAAUUGCAAAACAUUUGUGUGUAAUUUGGUGAAAAUGACAUUAUCAUCCCAUGAAGACUGAAUGAGCGUCAACAGGCCUUUUGUAUUAUUGCUGGCUGGCAUUGUGUUUUCUGAAUCACUUAACGCAUGCACAUUACAAGCGUGUAUGGACGCCAUAUAAACGUCUGAUCUUGUACCCCUGGAGUGCCCCGGUGACAACAACAGAUGAAGUGACAGGCUGGCAGAGCACUCAUGUGACUGACUCCAAGUUUUUGAUUUCAGUAAGAGAUGGCAGACAAGAUAAAAGACUCCCACAGCAGACAGGCUUGAGAGCAGCUCACCGUCUGAUGCAGUCCUGGCUGACGCUGACGUCUCAUCUUUGUUUUAUCCAAACAGUGUUGUACAGAAGGUGUCGGGUGUGGCAUUAUGAGUGAAUAUUUAUUUCUUACGUUUUGUUUCAGCAUUUGCACAAAAGCAAAUGUUUUGCAAAAGUGAAUUAUUGCCAUGUUUACAAAUGUUUUAGUACCAAAAAAAACGAGAAAAGUAAGAGUGAACUUGCAGCUAAUCCUGAACAAUGUAUGUGACUGGCCCUCCAUAAUGUUUGGGACAAAGAUGCAGUUUUCCUUUAUAUUCCCCUCUGCUCCACAGUUUAAAAUUCCAAAUCAAACCGUUCAGACGUCAUGAUUAAAGUGCACAUUGCUGACUUUCAUUUAAGGGGAUUGGCUGACGUUCGGUCACACUGAGUAGAAAUGACAACACUUUUUCUACACUGUCCCUCCAAUUCAGGGCACCAUAAUGUUUGGCGUCACAGGUGUUUGUGAUUCCUCAGGUGGGUUUCAUGGCUUCAUAAGACACCUCGGCUCACUUCUACCUUUUGGAGUUGCCAACGUUAAAACAUGAGGAGAAGAGCUGUACCAGUGGAAGUCAAAGAAGCCAUUAUGACGCUGAAAAGCAAGAAUAAAACCAUUAGAGACAAUCAGUAAAACCUUAGGAUGGCUUGAAUCAACUGUCUGGGAUGUCAUGAAGAAGAAAGUACACACUGGUGAGCUCAAGAAUCACCAAGGGACUGGUAGGCCAAGGAAGACCACUACUGCUGAUGACAGAAGAAUCCUCACUAUGGUCAAGAAAAAGACCCCAAAUCCCUGUCCAACAGAUCAUACACAGUCUUCAGGGGGCGAUGUGGACGUGUCAGAGAUGACUAUCAGCAGAUGACAUCAUGAACAGAAAUACAGAGGACACACUGCAAGAUGCAAACCACAAAAACAGGAGGGCCAGGUUAGAGUUUGAGGAAAAGGACUUCAAACAGCCUGCAGAAUUUUGGGAAUGUCUCUUGUGGACAGACAAGACAAAGAUGGACCUCAUCAGAGUUAUGGCAAAAAAGUGUGGAGACCAAAAGGAACUGCCCAAGAUCCAAAGCAGACCACCUUAUCUGUUGAACAUGGUGGUCAGGGUGUUAUGGC